CAUGGGAAUGGAAUCCGCUUUGACGUACGUUCAAUUUGGUUUUCAACAGGACUCAUCUCUCCCUCUCUUUCUCUCAUUCUCUCUCAUUCCCUAUCUAUCUAGCCCAAAUCCAUCACCUUGUAGCUAUGAUAAUAACCUUAUUUUGAUUCUUCAAAGUUACAAGGAUUUUAAUCUCUCCUUUAAUUUCUAGACAACCUCGAAAUGUCGGCCCCAAUGGACCAGGGUGAUAAUAAGAAACCUGGAGAAGAUACUCCGCCUGCACCUAACCCUGAAAAUGAGACCAAUGCAUCAAAGCCAAAUACGGUCAAAGUUACUAAUGUCUCCGUAGUUGCGUUAGAAGAGGAUGUAAAAGAGUUCUUCUCUUUUUCUGGCGAAAUCCACUUCGUUGAACUGCAAAGGGAUAGUGAGACAACUCAAAUUGCAUAUGUAACAUUCAAUGAUCCUCAGGGUGUAGACACUGCACUGCUACUUUCGGGAGCGGUCAUAUCUAAUCUUUCAGUUUCUAUAGCUCCGGCAGACAACUAUGAGCUUCCCCCUCACGCUCCUCCAUUGAACGCCCCAUCUGCUGCGGAGAAAGCCGGGGAUGUUGCCAGCACUGUCCUCGCGAAAGGGUUUAUCUUCGGAAAGGACGCCCUAAAGAAGGCCAAAUCUUUCGACGAGAGGCACCAGUUGACCUCGAACGCCUCGGCGGCGGCGGCUUCCAUCGACCGGAAAAUGGGGAUCACCGAGAAGCUGAGCAUCGGGACGGUGGUGGUCGGCGGGAAGGCCCGAGAGGUGAACGACCGUUACCAGGUGUCGGAGAAGGCGAAGGUGGCGAUGGCGGCGGCCGAGCAGACGGCCACCACGGCCGGCACGGCUCUCGCCAGCAACCGUUAUGUCUCCGGCGGCGCGUCGUGGUUCUCUAUCAAGCUUAACGCCGUCGCGAAAGCGGCCAGCGUCGUGAGCGCGUUGACGGCGGAGAAGGUGAAGAAAGCGGAAGAAGAAAAGUGGGAAAACAUUACAAAGGAAAGGGCUGCUAACGUUAACGAUUUGGCGCAGGUCCAUCUGGACCAAUCAUCGUUUGGAGAUGUUCCGGCGGCGGCGGCGGCGGCCGCUGAUGAUAAAUCAUCGUCGUCGUCGUCUGAUGACGAAGAUGAUGAUAGCAAAAAGACUAAACAUGGUGGUAAGCAUGGGUGAUUAAUUACUCUUCAACUUUAAGCCAAAUCUGAUCUUAAUUGGCAUA